AAGAUUUAGCAUUUUCCAGACACCAGUAUUUGAUGAUGGAGCUAAGAUCAUGCUUCAGUUCAACAUCCAACAGCACUGCUGUGGGUUCACAGAGGAUCGCUCCUGCUGUAGUUCUGGGUUUGUGCUGUUUGGUUGGUUUGCCAAGCAACAUCGCGGUGAUCAUCAGCAUUGCUCGUGAGUGGAACAGAAAUCUGAGCUUCACCUUAAAACUAAUGGUUAACCUUGCGGUGUCUGAUGCUUUGACCUUGUGCUUGGCUCCUUUUGUGCUGUAUGGAAUACUGUUUGGAUGGAAACUCGGACUUUGGUCUUGUAGGUCCCUGUAUUUUUUGGGUCACUGGAGUCUGUAUGUUGGUGUCCUGACGGUCACAUCCAUGAGUGUGCACCGCUAUCACAAUGUCAUCAAGUCAAGAGUCACUAACAGGAUGAUACUGAAGAGACUGGAAAGACGGCACAGGCACCUUCAGCUGAUUGGCAUCUGGACUCUAGCCUUUGCUUUUGCCCUACCAGUAAUUUUUACUCAAGGACUCAAAGACAAGAAUGGAUUGGUAAGAUGUCAGAGGACAGUGGACUCACAGUCUUUAAAAGUGAUUGUUUUGCUUUUUGAGAUCCUGUUGGGGUUCAUCCUCCCAUUUUUGACAAUGUUGACAUGUUAUCUCUGGCUGCACAAAGGAUUGAGUCAAAAAGCAAAGAGCUCCAGUGUAACUACAGCUCCACAGGACCAGGAACCCAGAAACCAGGGGACAAACGUUAGGACUUACAAGAAGAGACUUGUGAUCAGCAUCAUUGUGGCUUUCUUUGUGUUUUGGACUCCUGUGCACAUUAUCAAUGUGAUUGAUAUAGUCACAACUCUGACUAAAACAUCUCAUCCAGAUGUUUAUUCUCAACUGAAGUCCUUCCGUCGAGUAUAUGGUGAUACAAGCAAGACUCUUGCUUUGCUAAACUGCUGUCUGAAUCCUUUUCUCUAUGCUUUCUUUUCAAGAAAUGUUAUCAAGUGUACUAAGUAGAACCCACAUUUUGAAGUUUCAAGCCUUGUCUGCUUCUAAAUGUUUUCCCACUAUAAUUCUGGCAGGCAGAUGUUUUGUAGGUCUUAUUGUUUGGUCAUAGUGACUCUAAAUGCUAAACCACAAACAGGAAACACUGUGCAUGGUGAUUUGACCACUUUUAGUCUCAGAUGAGUAUCAGACAUGCGACUGGCAUGAUGAACUAUGUAUGUGUUUUAAAUCAACUUGUAUCACUUAAAACAUGAUUAAUAGCAAGAU